CUGCGCUCCAUCUCGAUCAUGGCUAACCGUGUUGAUAGGUUUUACGAUGUCCUGGCCUCUCUGGGUCUGCUGAAUAAGCAUGCCAAACUCCUCUUCCUCGGACUUGACAAUGCCGGAAAAACGACUCUUCUGCACAUGCUCAAGAACGACAGAGUUGCAGUGCUCCAGCCAACCCUCCACCCCACAUCCGAGGAGCUCUCGAUAGGCAAUGUCAAGUUUACCACUUUCGAUCUUGGAGGUCACGCCCAGGCGCGCCGCCUGUGGCGCGAUUACUUCCCUGAAGUAAGCGGUAUCGUCUUUCUUGUCGAUGCAAAGGAUCACGAGCGUCUUCCCGAGUCAAAGGCAGAGCUCGAUGCCCUACUUGCCAUGGAGGAACUCGCCAACACCCCGUUCGUCAUUCUCGGGAACAAGAUCGACCACCCGGAAGCUAUCUCAGAGGACCAGCUACGCGCUGCUUUGGGUCUUUAUCAAACCACCGGCAAGGGCAAAGUCCCUCUUGAGGGUAUCCGGCCCAUUGAGGUGUUCAUGUGCAGUGUCGUAAUGCGGCAGGGGUAUGGUGAGGCCAUCCGCUGGCUCAGCCAGUACGUGUAAUGGGUCGUCCUAAGGACCUCAUGCACUCAGUACGAAUUACGUGUGAUGGGCAGGGCGCAGCGGUGCAGCUACGAGUACAUGAUGGAUAGUUUGACCUUUGCUCAUUAGAUGUAUACUCUCUCUCAUGGCCAUGGCGUUAGUGUCUGAAAUUGGCGUUGUCAACCGCUCACUUGCGCAAUACUGGCCCCUUUUGUGAAGAAUCUACCCU